AGGACGCCCUUUACGCUGCCUCAACUCAUCCGCUCCCACCCCCUGCCCGUCGCUGCUCAGACGCUCUCCCUUUUCUCGCUUUUUUCGUCGCCUCUAUGCAUAUAUGCGUUCGCUGACAUUCUCUUGGAUCCUGUGCUUCCUGCCUUCUGUCGCUAAGGCCUUUUCUUUCUCGUUCGGUACCCCGACGCAAUGCGAUGACCUCACCGUGACAUGGACAGGCGGAACUGCACCUUUCCAGCUUUCCUUCAUUCCUGUUUUCGGUACACCUCGCAAUAUUUCCAUUCCUUCUUCAGCCUUUAGCGAUGGCAAAGGGUCGUACCAAACGCAGGUUCCCUUCGAAAGCAAUCAUAAGAUAGCAGUGGUCAUGUCUGAUGCAACCGGGUUCGGAUCUGGAGGCGUCUCAGAAUUAAUCGCGGUGGGGAAAUCUGUGGGGAAUAAGCAAUGCAAUACGACCGACCCUGGUGUAGCAUUUGAAUAUCAGCUGAAUACAGCCCUGCAACAGUGCCGUCCGUAUACAUUCAGUGCUUACUCGGGCGCCGUACAACCUGUAACGAUCAUGGGUCUCGUUCCUGGAGGACAAAUAUUCUAUCUACAUCCACCAACAGGCCCGACAUCAUUCGACUGGGUCGCAGAUGCUGGGGCGGGCACGUCCUUAAUUUUCGUUAUGACGGAUUCCGCGGGCCGGCAAGGCGGCAGCUCAGACGUGCAGAUUGUCGGUAUAUCGGACGACACGUCCUGCAUUAAUUCGAACUCUCCGACUUCUACAGCGAACCCCCCUUCGGCUACAUCGGCCACAGCAAGUCCGACCGCAAGUGCUAGCACUACCGCCGGCUCCGGUGCAAGCACUACCUCUGCCCCACCAGCGGCUUCCACUACUGCGAGCUCUGGGACCGUGUCUGCGGGCGUGAUUGCGGGUGUCGUGAUUGGAGGACUGAUCGCAGCCGCCAUCAUUGCCACUCUGCUCCUGUUCUUCCUGAGGAACCGUCGAAACAGAUGGCCGUACUCAGCACGGCGUGAUUCGCACAGGCUAGACUCCGUCGAUCUAGCGGAGCCCGUGUCACAGCAGAUCUCUCCUUAUCCGUACACGCCCAGUACCGCGCAUAUGCCACACAGCUCAGCACCUUCAGAGGCGGCGUUCUUCGACCCUCGGGACGGUACCUCGGCGUCCUACCCCGUUCCACCCAUGCCUGGCCAUGAUAAUGCCUCAUAUAACCCCUACGCACCGUCCACGGCGUCUCAGCUAGAGACUCCUGUAACUACCGAAGGCUCGCGAAGGCAGAGGCACCAGUCACAGCACUCUAUGUCCUCCGCGGGUCGUAGAAAGGCCGCCAUGGCUGGUGUCACAUCGUAUCAACCGCCUCCACGAUUUAUCCUGCAUAAUGAUCUCGAGGAAAUUAUGCCGGAUGAGAAUGGGGUGGUGGAGUUGCCGCCACAAUACAGCGAGGCUCGUAAGCCGAUAGCUGGGCUUGCACCACAGGUUGGUGUCCAGGCUUCCUCCUCUGCUGCCACGGAGCAAGAGCAGCCACCAACUACCCCUCCAGGCCUAGACCCUCUUCGUUCGCCACCUCAUGGCUGACCCGACCGCUUUUAUAAGCGAAGGGCACUGUAUCAAGUCCAGCGGACUGUUUGGUUCUAGCACCCUUCCACUCCUUGCGCGUUUUGUACGAGGAACGCCAUAUAUUUACAAUAUUUAUUCACUUCCCUCCGCUGACCCGCUCGUUCAUGGCAUUGUCUGUAUUCUCUUCCGAGCAACACGCAUUGAUGCGUACCGGUUGCAGGAUAUGUACCCGAUAGUUUACAAGGAUGUUGUCAACAUCGUUGUCGAAUCACAACAUAUCUCGAUCCGAAA